GUGCGUCAGUUGCCAAAAGGUGGGGACAUUUCCUGAGCCUUUGCAACACUGAGAGGUUGCCUUAAGAGAGGCUGGACCCCAUUCUGAGCGCUGUGCCAGGAAAGCGAGGGCCUGGGAGCGGCCCUGCUGAGGGAGACACCGGCUCGCCCUCUCUCUGUCCCCUGGCAGCCCACCCCCCAGUUCCCUGGCCUGCGCCUGACCAUGUCCCUGGCUGAGGCCAUCAGCCUCUGGAAUGAAGGGGUGCUUGCAGCUGACAAGAAGGACUGGAAGGGCGCCCUGGACGCCUUCACCGCAGUCCAGGACCCCCACUCCAGGAUUUGCUUCAACAUCGGCUGCGUGCACACCAUCCUGGAGAACCUGCCCGAGGCGGAGAAGGCCUUCACCAGAAGCAUUAACCGAGACAAGCACUUGGCGGUGGCAUACUUCCAAAGAGGGAUGCUCUAUUACCGGAUGGAGAAAUAUGAUGCAGCUAUUAAAGACCUUAAAGAGGCCUUGACUCAGCUUCGAGGGAACCAGCUGAUCGACUACAAGAUUCUGGGGCUGCAGUUCAAGCUAUUUGCCUGUGAGGUGUUAUAUAAUGUUGCAUUCAUGUAUGCCAAGAAGGAGGAGUGGAAAAAGGCUGAGGAACACUUAGCAUUGGCCAUGAGCAUGAAGUCUGAGCCGAGACAUUCUAAAAUUGACAAAGCCAUGGAAUGUGUUUGGAAACAGAAGCUGUAUGAGCCGGUGGUCAUCCCUGUGGGCAGGCUGUUUCGACCAAAUGAGAGGCAAGUAGCUCAGCUGGCCAAGAAGGAUUACCUCGGCAAGGCGACAGUGGUGGCAUCUGUGGUGGAUCAAGACAGUUUCUCGGGGUUUGCCCCUCUGCAGCCACAGGCAGCUGAACCUCCACCCAGACCCAAAACCCCAGAGAUCUUCAGGGCUUUGGAAGGGGAAGCCCACCGUGUGCUGUUUGGGUUUGUGCCCGAGACCCCAGAGGAGCUGCAGGUCAUGCCAGGGAACAUCGUCUUUGUCCUGAAGAAGGGCAAUGAUAACUGGGCUACGGUCAUGUUCAACGGGCAGAAGGGGCUCGUUCCCUGCAACUACCUUGAACCACUUGAGCUACGGAUCCAACCUCAGCAGCAGCCCCAGGACGAAGCCUCCCCAGAGUCUGAUAUCCCAGCCCCCCCCAGUUCUGAUGCUCCUGGAAGACCCCAGUUGCCACCAGGUCAAAAAGAAAAAGAAGAGUCCAAGGAAGUCAAGCUCAGAGUCCCCAUGCCCUACACACUCAAGGUGCACUUCAAGUACACGGUGGUCAUGGAGACGCAGCCUGGGCUCCCCUACAGCCAGGUCCGGGGCAUGGUGUCUAAGAAACUGGAGCUGCUGCCGGAGCACACUAAGCUGAGCUAUCGGCCUCAGGACAGCACUGAGCUGGUGCCCCUCUCAGAAGACAACAUGGAGGCUGCCUGGGCCCAGGUGAAAAACUACCGCCUGACUCUGUGGUGUGAGAACACAGUGGGUGACCAAGGCUUUCCAGAUGAACCCAAGGAAAGUGAAAAAUCUGAAGCUAAUAACCAGACAACGAAACCUCAGCUUAAGGAAGGAGGCCAAGUGGUAGCACUCUUCAGUUAUGAGGCUACCCAGCCAGAAGACCUGGAGUUCCAGGAAGGCGACAUAAUCCAGGUUUUAUCACUGGUGAACGAAGACUGGCUGGAAGGGGAAUGCAAAGGGAAGAUUGGCAUCUUCCCCAAAGCUUUUGUUGAAGAACACGCAACUACAGACCUGGAAAGCUCUCCUAGAGGAGUCUAGAAUGUUUUAUAACCUACAAGGUUGGGGGAAAGGAACUAGCACGGGUGAAGCGUAGCAUGCCUCUGCAGAGCACUGCACGGAGACAUUACUGUAAGUGCUACCUAAUCCACGUUUCCCACGGAGAACUUAUCCUAAUGAUAACCCGGGGGUGGGGGAGGGUCUUCUAGGGCGUCGAUAAGGUUUCUUGUUUGGAGUGCCGACUACCCCAAUGUGUUCUCUCUGUGAAAGCUCACGGAGUCGUAUACUUGCUAUCGGGGCACUUCUGUAUGUGAUACCUCAAUAAAACCUUACAAAUACAAGA